AUGGUCCGCACCUUCCGAUGCAACACGGACCCCGCCGUCCCGAGCAGGCCUCGGGUGCAGCGGCCACUGAACCGGCCGACGCGGGAGCGCUUCGUCGGCACCCGGUACGGCUACGACGCCACCGUGGCGUACAUCAACAGCCAGGACGACGUGCAGGAGGAGACGGCCAUCGGUCACCUGCACACUGACAUAUUCACGGCCGACAUCGACCGGAACUGCGCGCGCGAGCGCGGCUCCUCCAGCCACAGCCACGGCGAGGGCGACACCGAGGAGUGGGCCGUCGAGCCCUCCCCCGUCGCCCCCGAGUCCUCCCCGGGGAUGCCGACCCCGACGUCCAGCGCGGACAUGGACACCCGCAGCAGCCGCGGUAGCCGUGGGAGGGUCCCCUGCUUCUACACUCCCGAGCUCGUCCGCAGGGCCAGCGAGGACGGCUGCGCCUACGUCCCCGACGCCGACGCCGAGGUCCCCGGUCCGGGCAUCAGCUUACCUCGGUGGCUCGAGGACGUCGAGUCGUCCAGGUUGUCGUCGUCGUCGUCGAUCGUCGAGGAGGACGGCUCGGCCUCAUCGGAUGUCCCUGAUGCCAGGGGAGGAGUAGACGUCGAGCUGCCUUCUCCCCUUCCGAACCAGGUACUCGAUGGCGGCAAAGUCACGUUUGGGAACGUUGAGCUGGAGGGAGAAUUCUCUUCUAUCCCGUUGGACGACUAG